AUGGGAAUAACGCCGCCGGAUCGCCAGUCGGCAUCGUUUAUGGUCGGAACUACGACGGCGGCCUCCCGCGGGCUCGCCUUCCUUUCCCUCGCGCGGCCGCGCGCGCGCCACGCCGCCGGCCGCGGCUCGGCUGGGGCUGACCCGCCCCCGAAGCCGGCCCGGCCGGCCGGCCGGCGGCUCGGCCGCGCGGCACCACCGGACGUGCUAGAGGAGACGGCGACCCGACGAGGCGGGCGCGGCCCGGUCCCCGAGGCCCCUUCGGCCGGGGCGGCUCGCUCGGCAGCGGGCGGCGGCGCGGCGACCCGCUGCGCUCUCCGGCGCUACCUGCGGGCGGGGGGCGCUUCCCCCCGAGCCUUUUUCUUUCCUCCCUUUUCUCUCUCGCCUCUCUCUGGCUCGCCGUCGCGGCUCCGGCCGCACCGCCGCCCGGCGCUGCGCGCGGCCGGCACCCACGGGCGCCACCCGGACCCAGGCCGGCACCGGCACCUCGCCUGUUUUUACCCAAGGACACCUGAAAAGCUCGCGGGGCCGCGCGGCCGUCACACAGCUCGGUACGGUGAAGAAGCCCCUCCCCGGCGGGAGGGGCGACACCUCGCCUGCCACGGGAAGCCCACGGGCAGAGGAGACCGCCCGGCCCGAACACCGGCCUCCGCCGCGCCUCUCGGCCGGCCACGGAGGAGCGCCGGCCCGCCGGGGGCCCUCUCCCACGCCUCCCGAAAAGCCUCAUCCAUCGUCACUCGGGGAACGGCCCCACGGCCACUCUCGCUCAGCCUGCCACUACGCGGAGGACGGCACGUGCCCCAGGCCGCCGACGCCGGCGGCCCGCACGCUACUCUCCACGGCUCUCUCCCGGCCCGGCAGGAGGCGGGUGCCGCCGGACGCCCGGCUCCGGACAACCCACGCUUCCGGCCCCGCCGGGCCCACGGCCGCCCCCCGCAGAGCGGCACACCUCCAGCGUGCGAAAGCGCCACCGAACGUGCCGCGGGGCCACCGGCUUUCGCCCGCCUCGCGGCCGUCGGCUUCCCCCAGAAAGGCCGGGGGACGCCACGGCCGCCCGGGGCUCGGGGCGGGGCCCGCGCCCCUCGCUCCCCGAUUCCCUCUCGCUGCCCACGGGCUCGCGCCUCGGCGGCGGCCGGCCGCUGCCGGGCCGCUCUCGCGCUCUCACGCACUUUCUCUUCCCUGGCGCGCUCGGCGUGCUGCGGCUUAAGGCCGCCGGAGCAAAAAUCAAAAAAAACGGAAAAAAAAGGCCGGGAGGGCGCCCCACUUCGCCCGCAACCCGGCCCCCGGCCGACAGACCUUCGCGGAACCCAGCCCUCCGGCAGCCAGGCCGGCGGGGCAGGCCCGACCGCACGGGCCGCCCGGCCGCCGUGGCUCUCGCGCCGGCCUAAGAGGAGGGAGGGGCGAGGCGCCGCCGCCUCGCCCGCCAACGGCCAUCGUGCGUCCCCAGGGCUCCCCGGCGACUCUGUCGGGUUCUCGGUCUGCCGGCGCGGCCGCCGGCCACAGCCUGGCCGGCCGGCGCCGCCGCCUUCGGCCCGCUGGGCGGGUCCCCGGCUUAGGGCCGAGGAAGGGGGAACGAACAAAAGAGCCGAGGCGCGCCGAGGGCGCCGCCUCGCCCGACCAUCGGGCGGUCCCGUCACCGAGCCCCUCCGGCAACCGGCCGGGCCCAGGCGAGGCCGCACGCCCACCGCCAGUCCCCGGCACGCCGCCGGCACCGCUGCCGCCCGGCAGCCGAGGACAGGGCGCCGCCACCCAGGCCCGGGCCAUCUUCGGGGCUCUCGGGAGGCGGCCGGGGAAAAAGCCCGCGCGGGCUCGGCCCUUCGAGCCCCGGCCGCCAACCGCCCGCAACAAUGCCCGCCGCCGCCGCCGGACGACGGGCGCCGGCUUAAGGCCGGCCCACCGAAAGGACGAGACGCCGCCGCCUCGCCGCCCUCGCACACCAUCGCCUUCGCCCGGGGCCCUCAGGGAGCCGGCAGCCGCCACCGGCUCGGGCUGGACGCUGCUGUCGGGCCCCCGCGGGCCCCCCUCGGCCGUCCCAGUCCCGCACUCCCUCGGCUGCGCUUUCGCGCUCGGCUCUCGUCUUCCUCUCCCGUCAUCGGGCCCGCCCGAGGAAGCCGGUCGAGAGCCCCGCGGCUUUCUCGCGCCGGCCUUCCUGCCGCUCGUGGGGUUGGCCGGCCCGUGGCACGCGCCGAAGGCCGCGCGGCAGCAGACGCGGAAGAAAAGGGGCCCUCGGAACCCGCGCUGCUAGACAACCCCUGCCCACAAUACGGACAGACGCGUCCUGGCGCCGCCGCGCCUCCGAAGCGGCUCGAGGCUCCUCAGCGGGGAGGCGCGCGAGAGCAGGCCGCCUCUCGCCUAGACCUAACCGGAGGCGGCGCCCGACAGCGACCCCUUGGCCGACUUCCGGGGCCGGCCGCGACAACAGGUCUACCCCGAAAAUGCCGACAGGCGCCUAAGUCCCGCCGGAGCCGGGUAGACCUGGUGGCCCUGCGCCGGGACGCCGCCGGGGCGCAGGCCGCCGGCGGCGGCCGCGGCGGCCGCAUCGGCCGGCUCCGGAACCGGGUAGACCUGAUGCUCGCCAGCCCCGGAACCGGGUAG